AUGCAGACCGCAGUCUUAAAACCGAAAACUAAAAAAACCAUUAACAAACCAAGCCGUAAAGGAAAAAAAGCGUGGAGAAAAAAUGUCGACAUAACUGAAGUUGAAGAAGCUUUAGAAAAGAUAAGAGAUGAGGAAAGAACUUUAGGGUGUGUUUACAAUAAUGUGUGGAAGAAUCGCAGCAAGAUUCCUGAAGUAUUCUCAAAACAAAGACAAAAUUAUGGCAAGAAUCAUACUUCAAAAUAUACUAAAAUGGUGCUAGAUAAACUAGCAGAAAGAAAGCAUCUGUGCGAAAAUUCGAAUAAUACUGAAUCUAGUGAGGCUAUUAUGAAAACAGGAGAGUAUGAUGUAUGGGCACAAGGUUCAAAGAAAUUUUAUGUUUUUAUGGAUUUUGAACUCCUCAUGAUGGCUCAUGAAGAAGAAGUCGUCAAAUUAAAGCAAAUGCAACGUAUCAAUUCUAAACUUCCAAAAAGUUAUCCAAACAAAAGAGCAGCGCAAAAAGACAAAAGCCGAACGGAACAAGGAAAAAAGAAAAAUGGACAAAAUAAAGGAGGAGGAACAAAGAAAGACACAAAAAAACUUAAUGAAAGAAUUUGA